CGCCAUUUUAAACGUCAAUUCCAAAUUAAUUUCACAUUCACCGGUCUUAAUUCAAUUAUAUCCUACAUGAUUAUUACCUGGUUUUAUUGUUACCUUUCUCGUUAAUACAUUUCAAGUAAUCCGUUUAAAUUUCCUACCAAAUCCGUCACCAUGUCCAACGUGAUGAAAUCAAGAAGCAAACGGAAGUCUAAGAAAGAAAUAACACCACCAACUACAAAACGAUCCAAAGUUUAUCACAGAAGUCACAAUUCUGAGGAAGGUUUAGUUCUUGUGGUCGGAAGUGGUGAUGUCGGUCAGUUAGGUCUUGGGCCUGACAUAAUGGAGAAGAGCCGGCCAGCAUUGGUUGAGCUUCCAGAGGCUGUGAUCCAGGUGUGUGCUGGAGGUAUGCACACUAUAUGCCUUACUGUAUCGGGAAAGGUAUAUUCAUUUGGUUGCAAUGAUGAAGGCGCUUUAGGACGUGAUACAACAGAAGAAGGCUCAGAAACUACACCGCAGCUUGUUGAGUUACCUGGGAAAGUGGUGCAAGUAUCAGCAGGAGAUAGUCACUCUGCAGCUUUGUUUGAAGAUGGCAAGGUUUUUGUUUGGGGUAACUUCAGGGACGGAAAUGGUUCACUUGGCCUCACGACAGAGGGCGCUGUGAAAGAACCAAUGGAAUAUGUACCAUCAGAAAUAUUUGUGAAAAUAGCAAGUGGAGGAGAUCAUUUGGUUUUGUUAACUCUAGAUGGUAGAAUUUAUACUGCUGGCUGUGGAGAACAGGGACAACUUGGCAGAAUUGCCAAACAAUUUUCCAGUCGUGGUGGAAGAAAAGGCUUAGAAUUGAUUUUAUCACCACAAGUAGUCCGUUUCAGAGCAUCCACCAAGGUUCAGCCUAAAUUCUCUGAUAUUUGGGCAAUUCAGUAUGCCACAUUUGCUGAGGAAAAACAAACUGGACAUAUAUACAGUUGGGGUUUAAAUAAUUAUGAUCAGCUUGGUUUCAGUGAUUUGGAAGACAGAUUUGUUCCACAAAAAGUCCUCAGUUUUAGCGACCAAACUUGGUUGGAUAUAGGAGGUGGCAUGCAUCAUACAGUAGCGCUUAGCAGUGAUGGUAAAGUGUAUGUUUUGGGGCGUGGGGAUUACGGACGUCUUGGUUUAGGAGAGGCUGUCACUCUGGCAAAUCAGCCCACUCGUGUUGAGGCAUUGAAAGAUAAAGUUAUCAAGAUUUCAGCUGCUGGUUCUGUUUCCUAUGGAAUUACAUCAGAUGGUAAAUUAUAUGCUUGGGGCAUGGGUACAAACAAUCAACUGGCUAGUGGAAACGAUGACGAUGCUUGGACUCCAAAGCAGAUGGGUGGCAAACAGCUUGCAGAAAGGAAAGGAAUAGCCAUUUCAGGUGGAGGACAACAUUGUGUGAUGCUCUGUAAAUCAUCCUAACCAAAUAUAUUUUUUUAAAUGUCCAUCCCUCCCUCUCUCUCUCUGUCCCUUCCCCUCCACCAACCGUCCUAUUGACCAUUGUACAUUGCUUCAUGUUAACCAGAAAGAAAAUAUAAAUUUUUAAAAUUUCAGUGUUCAUCAUGGAUUAAAUCCUCGUCAUUGUGGUGUGGGUGAAUAAAGACAAUUUCUCCAUUUUUUUU